AUCAAGAAAAAUAAUAUAUAUAUAUAUAUAUAAAUAAAUGAUUUCAAAAGUAUUCCCACAUUUUUAAUAAAAAUAUUUAUAUGGACUUAUCUAAAAACACUUUUCUUCUAUCAAGAUAGCAAUACCUCCUUAUGAUCUUUAUAGAUUAGAUAAACCAAGCCUUCCUACACACAGCGAAGUCUCAAAAGAUGAGCUUUUGAAAUUAUACAAGGAUAUGUAAUCUAUACGUAAAAUCGAAAUAGCAUGUGAUAAGCUUUACAAAGAAAGAGAAAUUAGAGGUUUUUGCCAUCUUUAUGACGGUUAAGAAGCAAUAAUAACUGGAAUUGAGGCUGCUUGUAAUUUUGAUGAUCCUUUAAUAACUGCUUAUAGAUGUCAUGCUCAUGCUUAUACAAGGGGAGAUACUCCUCAUUAAAUUAUUGCUGAAUUGAUGGCUAAAAAGACAGGUUCAACAGGAGGAAAAGGUGGCUCUAUGCAUUUUUAUAGAAAAAAAACUAACUUUUACGGAGGUCAUGGCAUUGUCGGAGCAUAGGUUCCUAUGGGUGCAGGAUUAGCUUUCGCUCUUAAAUAUUAAGGAAUGAAGAAUGUUGCAAUUACUAUGUAUGGAGAUGGUGCUGCAAAUUAAGGAUAACUAUUUGAAGCUGCUAAUAUGGCCGCUUUAUGGAAAUUACCUUGUUUAUUUGUUUGUGAAAAUAAUCUUUAUGCUAUGGGUACUUGUGUUAGUAAAGGCUCUCAUAAUACUGAUUUUUAUACUAGAGGUGAUAAAAUUCCUGGAAUCAGAAUUAAUGGAAACAGUUAUUUCCAUGUAAAAGAAGGAUUCAAAUGGGCUAAACAAUAUGCAAUCGAACAUGGACCUUUAUUUAUUGAAUGUAAAACUUACAGAUAUCAUGGUCAUUCUAUGUCUGAUUCUGGAAAUACUUAUAGAACAUUAGAUGAAGUGAAAGAAUAAAGAUAAAAGCACGAUUGCAUUUUGUUGAUUAAAAAUACUAUUUUAGAGCAUAAACUUGCUACUGAAGAAGAGUUAGAAAAUAUUGAUGAAUAAGUUAAAGAAGUUAUUGAUUCUUCAAUUGCAUAAGCAAAAAAAGACUAAUAUCCAGAUGAACAUGAAUUACAAACUGACGUUUAUAUUAACAAUGAUAAUUACUAUAUUCGUGGAAUCGAAUACGAAUAAGGAUAUUUCCCUGGUGGAUAAAAAUAUUGAACACGAAAAAAGAAUAGAAAAAAUAUAAUAAAUUAAAUGUUUUUUUUUUUUAAUUUCCUAAUAAUAAAUAAAUUUAAGAUAAAU